UUAUAUAUAUAAUAUGAUGCUCUGAUAAACAGCACAACUACGGCUUGUUUAUUUCCAUUAAAUUAACUCGUUCUUGAUAACAAUUAGAAUUCUGACACUAAUAGUCUUAUCAUGAAAGUUUGGAAUAAUCAUGAACGUUUCAUGUUAUGGUUACCCUGAUUGUAUCAUGUCCGCUUCCGGUUUUUAAGAUGCACCGUGAACUUCUCUUUCUUUUGCCCUUGACACUUUAAUACCAAUUGCAAAGUGUUCAACUGCUUUUGAUAUUUGGGACCGAAAUACACUGGUCAAAGUUUGAAUCUUAUUGAAAAUGAAGCUUUAUUUGAAUAAUCAAGAUGUAUAGAAUGUUCGCGAUCGCAUUGUUUUUUCAAACAACGUAUAUGGAAAACUGUUUUUUAUUUAAAAAUAUCUUGGGCCAAGUGCCAGAUGGGACCUAGCCUAGACAUCUAUCCUUGACAUUUGAUUGAAUAUUCUCUACUAUGUAGCCAGUGACAUCACAGUGUAUCAGCUGAAAGUUACUAUUAAUAAAAGCACUUUAAAAUACCAUAUAAUUUUUUCAUAAGAUAUCCACUUUAUAUUCUUGCACAAUCGAAUACAUUAAAAUGAAUAUCACAAUAUUAUAUGGUAGCGAAACUGGGAAUGCACAAGAUGUAGCUGAACAAAUUUGGAAAAGUGUCAAGAGGAAAGAGUUGAAAAGCACUGUUCAUGCAAUGAAUGACUAUGACAUUGAUAAUCUCAUUUUAGAAAAAAUAAUGAUUUUUGUAGUUUCUACAACAGGCCAAGGAGAUCCACCUGAUAAUAUGAGGGCAUUUUGGAGAUUCUUACUACGAAAAAAUUUGCCAAAAACAUUACUUGCUAAUUUGAAAUAUGGAGUGCUAGGUUUAGGGGACAGUUCAUACAAAAAAUUUAAUUUCGCAGCAAAAAAGUUGAAUAAAAGAUUAAUGCAAUUAGGUGCAAAAGAAUUGUUAUCUAUAGGAUUAGCAGAUGAUCAGCAUGAUUUAGGGAUGGAUGCUAUUGUUGAACCUUGGCAGCAGGAAUUAUGGCUAAAGAUUGCAGAAACAUUUAAUAUUUCUGUAACAGACCAUAUAGAUGAUCAAAAUAUACUAAUUGAAAGAUUUAAUGUUUCUGAGAUAGGUUUGAAUUCAAUGAAUAAUGAAUAUUGUUCAGAGACUGAUAUUUAUAUGAAAGAGGCACUUACAAAUAAUGAAAUGAGGAUAGGUACAGUAAUUGAAAAUAUGAGAACUACUGCAAAAGAUCAUUUUCAAGAUGUCAGAUUCAUCAAAAUUAAAUCAGAUGAUAAUAUUGAUUACAAUCCAGGGGAUAUAGUGUAUGUUCGACCCAAGAAUUCUAAGAAGCAAGUUGAAAGGUUCUUCAGUAUAUUAAAUGAUAAUAAUGUACAAAUGGAUCCAGAUAUGAUAAUUCAAGUAUCUGAAAAAGAAAUAAAAGUACCUACUGUUCUAAAACAAACUCUAACAUUGCGUCAAAUUGUAGAACAAUAUUGGGAUUUAAAUUUUAAACCAAGAAGAUCUACAAUGCAAGUAUUGUCUCAAAUUAGCAAAAAUGAAUUAGAGAAGGAGAAGCUGCAUGAAUUUACAACUGCAGGUGGCCAAGAAGAGCUAUAUAAUUACAUUAAUAGGCCAAGAAGAAAUAUUUUAGAAUUAUUAGCAGAUUUUCCUCAUACAACUAGUCAAUUAAAUACAAGACUACUAUUUGAGAUUAUGUCUCCUAUCAAACCUCGUGCCUUUAGCAUAGCUUCAAGUUUAAAGGUCACUGAAAAUGAGAUCCAUCUUUUAGUAGCUGUAGUAAAAUAUAAGACAAAAUUGUUAGAACCAAGAUACGGAUUGUGUUCCAAUUGGUUAGCAAAUUUAGUAGCAGAAGAUAAAAUAAUUUUUUGGAUACGAAAAGGAACAUUUAAGUUUGAAUACAGCAAACCUAUGAUAUUUAUUGGACCUGGAACAGGAGUUGCACCAUUUCGUUCAGUUUUACUAGAUAAAUGUACACUGGACGAGGAUUUAAGUAAUUGCAUUCUAUUUUUUGGUUGCAGAAACAAAGAGAAAGAUUACCAUUGUAAAAACGAUUUUGAACAUUUGUCACAAGAAAACCAUUUAAAAUUAUUUUGUGCAUUUUCUAGAGACCAGGACCAUAAAAUAUACGUACAGCAUCUCAUACAUGAACAAAAACAGUUAUGCUGGGAAUUUCUUACCAAAGAUGGUAAUAUUUAUUUAGCAGAUUGCAUUAGUACUUCUUAUGAUACUUUUAAAAUUCACGUUCAAACCGGUACUGAACCUGUACGUCUUUCCCCUGGUUGGGAAGGAACAGGUAGACCUGAUGAUGAAUUGAAUUUUAAAGGAGUUACAAUGGAUCAAGCGGAUCUUGAAUUAAAUCCGGCUAAAGAUAGAUUAAACAUAGUAUUCUGUAUAAUGGUACUUCAUGGAAUUGGUAUGUUGAUGCCAUGGAAUAUGUUCAUAACUGCAAAACAUUAUUUUGUUAAUUAUAAAUUAUCAAAGGAAUAUACAGGGAUGAAAACAGAUUAUGCUACAAAUUUUCUCCCAUACUUAGAAUUUGCAGCACAAACACCAAAUUUACUCUUCAAUUGGUUAAAUGUAUUUAUACAACUUGGUGGCAACUUGACAACACGUAUAGUAUGGGGUAUCUUCAUACAGGUUUUAAUAUUUGUAUGUACAGUUAUUUUGGCAAUGACUAAUAGUUCUGGUUGGCCGGGUGUUUUUUUCUGGAUCACCAUAUUGUCUGUUAUUAUAUUAAACAUUGCUAAUGGAAUUUACCAAAAUUCUGUGUUUGGUAUGGUCGCAAAGUUACCUGGAAGGUACACAGGAGCUGUUAUCUUAGGCACGAAUAUAAGCGGAACAUUUACAGCCAUAAUUAAUUUUCUUGCUCAAUAUAUGGCACCAAAUACUCGGACUGCAGCGAUAUAUUAUUUCAUAACAGCUCUGUUUGUUCUUCUUGCAUGUUUUGACACUUAUUUCGCUCUACCGAUAAAUAGAUUUUAUCGGUACAGUGAAUUGUUAUAUCAGAAGGGAGUAAAUAAGAGACAAUUGGAAAAUAAUGCAAGAGGCAACACUGACAGGCCACCGUAUUGGAAAAUAUUUAAACAAUGUUUUCCCCAGUGUUUUAACACAUUUUUUGUAUUUUUCGUGACCCUUUCUUUGUUUCCUGCUGUUCAAUCUGAUAUACGGCGCUCGGAUCCCAACUUCAUAGUUCCACUAGAUUAUUACGUUAAUGUUAUGUGUUUCCUCACAUUUAAUAUUACUGCUCUAAUUGGCAGUUCUUUAGCACCGUUAAUUCAGUGGCCUAGUGAAAAGUACUUGAUGAUCCCAGUUGUUUUACGCGUUUUGUACAUACCAUUAUUUUUAUUAUGUAAUUAUCAACCAAGUUCUGAUAUUGAAAGAGUGUUACCAGUGUACAUUAAUAAUGACUGGGUUUACUUCGUGAUAGCUGUUACUAUGGGUCUAAGCAGCGGUUAUUUUUCAUCGUUAUCUAUGAUGUAUGGUCCUAGAAUGGUUGAUUCUCAAUACACAGCAACAGCUGGUAUGUUUGGAGCAGCAUCAUUGAUUACAGGAAUUUGUGCUGGAAUAUUGUUUUCUAUGAUUAUGCCCAGCUUGGUACAAAAUUUAUCGUUUGGAUUAGCUUAAUAUAUAUAAUGUUGAA